GUCUCUGUUGCUUUGCAGCACAACAGCGAGAUACACCAUGAUGGCCUCGAAGCAAAAACCAUGCUUCGAGUUCCAGAAGCACGGCAGAUGCAGGUACCGUUCAAACUGCCGUUUCUCCGAUGGCAAUGCCCGAACCCAAGGCCCUCCCAGAGAAGACGAAGGAUUCGCGAAAUUUAGAGAAUGGAGAGCCAUGGUUCCAAUAUAUACUGGUGCGUUCACAAAUCCGUUGGGCCGGCUGCUUGAACGGUUCCUCGCGGACGCUCUGAAACUUGUCGAAUUGGAUGAUGGAAGCAGGCAGGAAGUGAUUACCAAACUUGCAACUGACGCAGGGCUUUGCCGGGUCAAGAAAGUCGUUUAAGCUCUCUCAGGGGGCGGAACAAAGGAAAAAUUCAAAUCGAAUUAUGAGGGUAAGGUACGCCCG